GCACUAUCACCAGUGACUAGGGGGGUGUCACCGUACACCCAUCAUCCAAAGGAAAAACAAAAUCACACACACCACCGUAACUCAGCAAGCAGCGGACACUGUCACGGUUGAGCGUCAAUAGCAAGUGUUGCUCUCAGUGUACUGGUGUUUGUGUGGCUAUUUAUACCGCCCCACGUGGGGAGAAUAUUAUUUACUGUCUCUGGUACCUGAUUAUCUAGCGUUCUUGAAGAUAUAUUGAAGUUGGACAAGUGUUUUGGGAAGUGAUAGUGAAUUAUAUGCUGCUGUUGCCUCGUGCGUUUUUGUAAGGGCUAGUGAGGAGGAGGUGGGUAGUGAGGGACAGUAAACACAGGGAAGUGCAGAAGGAGGCAGAGAGAAGUAACCGGAGGCAUUAACAGAAGGUAGGAAAUCACAAGAGCCUACAGGAGGCAGUAGCAACAAGCAGGAGGAAGUAGGAGGUAGUAGGAGGAAGCACCACGCUGCAGCAGCAGCAGAAGCCAGGAAGAAGCAACAGAAGCCAGUAGGAGACAGCAUUUGGAGGCAGGAGACUGCAGGAAGCAGCAGGAGGAAGCAGGGUAGUGUAGGAAGCAAGAGUAGGCAAGGGAGUGCAGAAGGCAGGGGGAGGAGGAGGCAGGGCAGUGUAGGAGGCAGGAGGAGGAGGAGGCAGUGCAGGAGGCAGGAGGAGGAGGAGGCAGUGCAGGAGGCAGGAGGAGGAGGAGGCAGUGCAGGAGGCAGGAGGAGGAGGAGGAGGAGGAGGAGGCAGGACAGUGCAUGAAUUAGCAGUAGGUGUUCAAGGAAAUCUUCAGUAAGCCAGCAAGAUGAUCAAGGACAGACUGGAGUCGCUGAAGGCGGCUCGGGGUGAGGAUGACGGUGUUGGUCCGCAAGUGGGCGGUGAGGUUACACUGGAGAUGGAACGAGAGGACCUGGGUGACAUGGAUGCCUUCUUCAAGGAGGUGGAGAUGAUCCGGGAAAUGAUAGAGAAAAUCAACACCAACGUUGAUAGUGUCAGGCAGCAACACAGUGUGAUCCUCUCCUCAUCUCAACCAGAUGAAGAGGUGAAACAGAAACUGGACGACCUCAUGGCAGACAUUAAAGUUACAAGCGUCAAAAUUAGAAGCAAACUAAAAGGUUUGGAACAGAUGAUCGGAGGGACAGAUAGCCGUGCAAACAAUGCCAGUCAGAGGAUGAAGCGUAGCCAGCAUUCCACCCUCACCCGUCUCUUCUGCGAGGCCAUGUCUCGCUACAAUACCAUCCAGUCAGAGUAUCGAGACCGCUGUAAGAACAGGAUACAGCGGCAGCUUGAGAUCACUGGGUGCAAGAAAACAGACGAGGAGCUGGAGGAGAUGUUGGAGACGGGCAAUGUUGAGGUCUUCACACAAGGGAUCAUCAUGGAGACACAGCAGGCAAGGCAGAGACUGGCAGACAUCGAAGCCAGACAUGCAGACAUAGUGAAACUGGAGACAUCUAUCAGACUGCAUGAUUUGUUCAUGGAGAUGGCUAUCCUAGUGGAGUCUCAGGGCAUCCAAAUUGACAGUAUUGAGAAACACGUUCAAAAGGCCGACAAUUACGUGGAGGCAGCAACAAAAAACAUAAAGAAAGCCAAGAAAAUUGAAAGAAAAGUGCGGAAGAAAAAAAUUAUGAUUAUCAUAUGUGUGAUAAUUCUGCUGUGUGUACUGAUACUCAUCCUGGCACUGACGCUGUCAUAACACUAGAGGGAGUCUGGCGGUACUGGCACUCAUCCUGGCACUGUCGCUGUCAUAACACUAGAGGGAGUCUGGCGGUACUGGCACUCAUCCUGGCACUGUCGUUGUCAUAACACAAGAGGGAGUCUGGCGGUACUGGCACUCAUCCUGGCACUGUCGCUGUCAUAACACAAGAGGGAGUCUGGCGGUACUGGCACUCAUCCUGGCACUGUCGUUGUCAUAACACAAGAGGGAGUCUGGCGGUACUGGCACUCAUCCUGGCACUGUCGCUGUCAUAACACUAGAGGGAGUCUGGCGGUACUGGCACUCACCCUGGCACUGUCGUUGUCAUAACACAAGAGGGAGUCUGGCGGUACUGGCACUCAUCCUGGCACUGUCGCUGUCAUAACACAAGAGGGAGUCUGGCGGUACUGGCACUCACCCUGGCACUGUCGUUGUCAUAACACAAGAGGGAGUCUGGCGGUACUGGCACUCACCCUGGCACUGUCGUUGUCAUAACACAAGAGGGAGUCUGGCGGUACUGGCACUCACCCUGGCACUGUCGUUGUCAUAACACAAGAGGGAGUCUGGCGGUACUGGCACUCAUCCUGGCACUGACGCUGUCAUAACACAAGAGGAAGUCUGGCGGUACUGGCACUCAUCCUGGCACUGUCGCUGUCAUAACACAAGAGGAAGUCUGGCGGUACUGGCACUCAUCCUGGCACUGUCGCUGUCAUAACACAAGAGGGAGUCUGGCGGUACUGGCACUCAUCCUGGCACUGUCGCUGUCAUAACACAAGAGGGAGUCUGGCGGUACUGGCACUCAUCCUGGCACUGUCGCUGUCAUAACACAAGAAGGAGUCUGGCGGUACUGGCACUCAUCCUGGCACUGUCGUUGUCAUAACACAAGAGGAAGUCUGGCGGUACUGGCACUCAUCCUGGCACUGUCGCUGUCAUAACACAAGAAGGAGUCUGGCGGUACUGGCACUCAUCCUGGCACUGUCGUUGUCAUAACACUAGAGGGAGUCUGGCGGUACUGGCACUCAUCCUGGCACUGUCGUUGUCAUAACACUAGAGGGAGUCUGGCGGUACUGGCACUCAUCCUGGCACUGUCGUUGUCAUAACGCAAGAGGGAGUCUGGCGGUACUGGCACUCACCCUGGCACUGUCGUUGUCAUAACACUAGAGGGAGUCUGGCGGUACUGGCACUCAUCCUGGCACUGUCGUUGUCAUAACACAAGAGGGAGUCUGGCGGUACUGGCACUCAUCCUGGCACUGUCGUUGUCAUAACACAAGAGGGAGUCUGGCGGUACUGGCACUCAUCCUGGCACUGUCGUUGUCAUAACACAAGAGGGAGUCUGGCGGUACUGCACUCAUCCUGGCACUGUCGUUGUCAUAACACAAGAGGGAGUCUGGCGGUACUGGCACUCAUCCUGGCACUGUCGUUGUCAUAACACUAGAGGGAGUCUGGCGGUACUGGCACUCAUCCUGGCACUGUCGUUGUCAUAACACAAGAGGGAGUCUGGCGGUACUGGCACUCAUCCUGGCACUGUCGUUGUCAUAACACUAGAGGGAGUCUGGCGGUACUGGCACUCAUCCUGGCACUGUCGUUGUCAUAACACUAGAGGGAGUCUGGCGGUACCGGCACUCAUCCUGGCACUGUCGUUGUCAUAACACUAGAGGGAGUCUGGCGGUACCGGCACUCAUCCUGGCACUGUCGUUGUCAUAACACUAGAGGGAGUCUGGCGGUACUGGCACUCAUCCUGGCACUGUCGUUGUCAUAACACUAGAGGGAGUCUGGCGGUACUGGCACUCAUCCUGGCACUGUCGUUGUCAUAACACUAGAGGGAAUGUGGUGGUGCUCGCCGCCAACCUAAUAGUUUGAUUAUUAUUAUUAUUAUUAUUAUUAUUAUUAUUAUUAUUAUUAUUAUUAUUAUUAUUAUUAUUAUUAUUAUUAUUAUUAUAUUAAUAUAAUUUCCAUGUUUUAAAUUAUAUUAUUCUUAAUUCUUCUCCACCAUCAUCUUAUGGAAGCGCUAAACACUUUAGGGUCAAGCAGUGCUUUUGGAGUAUAACACCAUCUGAUUUGAUCCGAGGAAGAGGAAGGUAGCUAUUAUCCCAUGGAUCAAGAGCCCGCCACAAGGACUCAACUUCCAAGAAUUGUAAAAAAAAUGUAAAUACAUAAUGAAUAAAAUAAAAUAAUGAUAAUUUAGGGUCAUUAUAAUGUGUAAAUUAUGAGCUUCAGGCUGUAAAUUAUGAGCAAAAAUGUAAAUAAUGAAGAUGAUUGUUAUUUUUUGGUAAUAUUAUUAAUUAUUAUUAUUAUUAUUAGUAGUAGUAGUAGUAAUUGUAGUAUUAUUAUUAGUAUUAUACUCACCCACAGAUCUUUUUCCUUGAGUGAGGUUUGCAGUCUUUGGCCAUCUAAACUAUAUUGUGUCUGCGGUCUUCUUUGCCCUUCCCCAAUCUUCAUGACUUUGCAUUUGGCAGGGUUAAACUCAAGGAGCCAGUUGCUGGACCAGGCUUGUAGCCUGUCCAGGUCUCUUUGUAGUCCUGCCUGAUCCUCGUCCGAUUUGAUUCUUCUCAUUAACUUCACAUCAUCUGCAAACAAGGACACUUCUGAGUCUAUCCCUUCCGUUAUGUCGUUCACAUAUACCAAGAACAGCACAGGUCCUAGGACUGACCCCUGUGGAACCCCGCUUGUCACAGGCGCCCACUCUGACACCUCGUCACGUACCAUGACUCGUUGUUGCCUCCCUGUCAGGUAUUCUCUGAUCCAUUGCAGUGCCUUUCCUGUUAUGUGUGCCUGAUCCUCUAGCUUUUGCAGUAACCUCUUGUGAUUAACUGUGUCGAAGGCCUUCUUGCAGUCCAAAAAAAUGCAGUCGAUCCACCCCUCGCUCUCUCUCUCUUGUCUUACUUCUGUCACCUUGUCAUAAAACUCUAGUAGGUUUGUGACACAGGAUUUUCCUUCCCUGAAACCGUGCUGGUUGUCAAUUAUACACUUGUUUCUUUCCAGGUGCUCCACCACUCUCCUCCUGAUGAUUUUCUCCAUGACCUUGCAUACUAUACACGUUAGUGAUACAGGUCUGUAGUUUAGUGCCUCAUGUCUGUCUCCCUUUUUAAAAAUUGGGACUACAUUUGCCAUCUUCCAUACCUAGGGGAGUUGCCCAGUUUCAAAUGAUGUGUUGAGGAUCUUUGUUAAUGGUACACACAAUAUCUCUGCUCCCUCUUUAAGGACCCACGGAGAGAUGUUGUCUGGUCCCACCGCCUUUGAGGUGUCAAGUUUGCAUAGCAGCUUCUUCACCUCCUCCUUGGUUAUAUGUACCUCAUCCAGCACUUGCUGGUGCACCCCCCUGCUCUGAUUUCCUGGAGUCCUACUGGUUUCCACUGUAAAUACUUCUUUAAAUCUCGUGUUGAGCUCCUGACAUACCUCCUGGUCGUUUCUUGUGAAUUCCCCAUCACCCUUCCUCAGUCUGAUUACCUGGUCCUUGACUGUUGUUUUCCUCCUGAUAUGGCUGUACAACAGCUUCGGGUCAGUCUUGACUUUCGAUGCUAUGUCAUUUUCGUAUUGCCGCUGAGCCUCCCUUCUUAUCUGUGCAUAUUCGUUUCUGGCUCUUCUGCUAAUCUCUUUAUUUUCCUGAGUUCUCUGUCUUCUGUACCUUUUCCAUUCUCUAGUACACCUAGUUUUUGCCUCCCUACACCUUUGGGUUAACCAAGGACUCGUUCUGUUCUUCCCAUUAUUUCUGUUUCCCUUGGGAACAAACCUCUCCUCUGCCUCCUUGCAUUUUGUUGCGACAUAGUCCAUCAUUUCUUGUACUGGUUUUCCUGUCAGUUCCCUCUCCCACUGAAUGUCUUGAAAGAAGUUCCUCAAGCCUGAGUAGUUUUCCCUUUCGUAGUUUGGUUUUUCCCACCCUAUUCCUGCUGCUCUCUCCACUUGGAGCUCAACUAUGUAGUCGAAGCACAGAACCACAUGAUCACUAGCUCCCAGGGGCCUUUCAUACAUGAUAUUCUCGAUGUCAUAACUACUCAAGGUGAAUACAAGGUCCAGUCUUGCUGGUUCAUCCUCUCCUCUCUCUCUGGUAGUGUCUCUAACAUGUUGAUGCAUGAGGAUUUCCAGUACUACAUCCAUCAUCUUGGCUCUCCAUGUUUCGGGACCUCCAUGGGGCUCCAGGUUUUCCCAGUCAAUCUCCUUGUGAUUGAAAUCACCCAUAACUAGUAACUUUGCUCCCCCCAUGUGUGCUCUCCUGGCCACCUCGGCUAGUGUGUCGACCAUUGCUCUGUUGCUCUCAUCGUAUUCUUCUCUUGGCCUCCUGCAGUUCUGUGGUGGGUUGUACAUUACUGCAAUUAUCACCUUAUGUCCCUCAGACUGGAUUGUUCCUACUAAGUAGUCCCUUUCGCCCGUGCCGUCCAUUUCUUCCAUUUUCUCAAACCCCCACUGGUUUUUAAUGAGCAGUUCAACUCCUCCUCUCCCUCUCCUCCCUCUGUCUUUCCUGAGGAUUUGAUAUCUGGAUGGAAAGAUUGAAUCUGUUAUUAUUCUGGUGAGUUUUGUUUCUGUGAGUGCUAUUAUGUCUGGGGAUGUCUCCUUGAUUCUUUCGUGCCACUCCUCAUACUUAUUUGAUAUUCCAUCUGCAUUUGUAUACCACACCUUCAACUUCUUUUCUAAGAUUGUGGUCUGGGAGGUGUAUUGGGGUUGGGGAAGUGGGUGACCUGAUAAGGAACUAUGGGUGGUUGCUGUGGGGGUGGAGUUUGUAAUGCAGUGGGUGGGGGCAUUGGAUGUGGCAUGGGUGUUUUGGUUUAGAGUGUUUGGUUGCACUGGGGUUGACCUGGUUGGGAGGCUUCUAUAGGAAGUUGUGAGGGAGGCUGUAUUUGAUCUUCCUGGGUCUGGGAUCUCCUGUCUGUCUUCUCCAUCCCCUCUCUUUCCUCCUUUCGCCUUUGUACCAACUCUCUCAGUUUCUGCCUUUCUUCUUGUGUUCUGUCGCAGUUGAGAUACACCUUUCUGUAUGCCUGCAUGUCCCUUAAUCGUGCUUUCUCCUGCAGGAUCCUGUUCUGAGUCGAUUCUGCCUUGAAGGUCACUUUCACUGGCCGGGUUCUUUUUUUUACAAACCCCCUAUUCUCCGAAAAUUUUCCAGCUGGGUCAUGUCGUCUUCUCCUAUUGCUUUCAUGAUGCUUUCAAUUGCUUUUUUUUCCCUUGUUUUCUUGCUUCAUAUGUUUCCCCUUCAACUUCCUGGAGCCCAUACACAAAGACUGACCUCACCCUUUCAUUCUCCCACUGCAUAUCCCUGUGUAUCCCCUCAUUCAAUUUGAUUUCCUCCAUUUCAGCUUUCCUUUCUUCAGUUUCACUAGCUAAUGUACUUGGGCUCAGUGGCCUGUCAUUUUCCCUUCUCGGCUUUCCCUGGGCUCUGCUGUGGUCUGUUAGGGCCUCCACAUAUAGCUUAGCUCUUUCAUUUACUACAGUCUCCACUGAUUGAGCUUCUACAUGCAGUUUUCCUCCUUUCCCUACAGUCCCCUUAUUUGUGACUGAGGUAGCAGUCUCUGUUGUCAAUCCCAAAAUGUUAUUUAGUUCUUUAGGCUGUUUCAGAUUUUUCAGUUCCUCUUCUAAACUCUGUAUCCUGGCCUCUGCUGCUUUGACUUGCACCUCCCACUUCCUGCUUUCCAUGUCUAUCCUCUCUUCCAUUCUCAUGCUAAGUUCUUCUAGUUUCUUUUCCCAUUCAUGUUCCCUUUUUGUGAGCUCUGCUGCCCAAUCUUCCUUUGCAGUUUCCUCCACCUGUCAAUUGGUUUUUCUUGUUGCUCUCUGGCAACCCAUUUUUGUUUUAUCCUGAUUGCCUCAGAGUGGGAAACCUAUGUAAUUCUGUAUGUUAGGUUAGUAUUGUGUCUGUCAGAGUGUGGGGAGGGGGAGGUAGAGGAGGAACUGUGGUUAUGUGGGAGAG